CCUGCCUGCCGCCCUACAGACCGUCUGCCUCUCUCUCUGCAUUCCUUUGGGGGACUAAUUUUGGUCUUUACGUUGCUCGCUCGUUUGCUUUUGCCAGAGGUGGGGAGAAAUAAAGAAAAAGGCAGCUAUAAUACCGCCCUUCUCCAGGACAGUUCGGUCGGCGCCAGUUCACGCUUUUCUUCUGACCUGGCUCUUCUUUUCUUAUCCGAAGCAGUGCGCUUGAAACACAGCUUUCAAGAUGAGCAUGAAUGGCGGAUCCCACCCCAGGCUCAACACCUUGGGCAGGAUGAUCAGAUCUGAGUCCGGCCCGGAUAUGCGCCACGACGUGAACUCCCAUAUGAUGAUGGGAGGCGGCGGGGGAAGCAGCCACGCUCAUAAAAUGUAUUACGUCCAGAAAAGCUACGUCGGGGACAUCAACUCAGAAGGAUAUGCUCAAAAUGGAACUGCUACAAUAUCCCGGCGUCAGAACACCAUUCAGGACCUUCUGCAAAAUUGCUCGGAUUGCCUCAUGCGUGCUGAACUCAUAGUGCAACCUGAACUACAGUAUGGAGAUGGUAUCCAAAUUAGCAGGAACCGAGAGCUGGAGGAUUGCUUUGUUCAGGCAAAUGAACACAUGGACAUCCUUGAUGGACUGAUCAGAGAAAUGAGACAAAUGGGUCAGCCAUGUGAUCUCUACCAGAAAAGACUGCUUCAGCUUCAAGAGCAGAUGCGUGCCCUCUACAAGGCCAUCAGUGUACCCCGUGUCCGAAGGGCUAGUUCCAAAGGUGGUGGCUACAGCUCUCAGAGUGCUUCAGGUUGGGAUGAAUACACCAGGCGUGUCACCAGUGAAUGUCUGAACUGGAUAAGACAGCAGAAGACUGAAAUGGAGUUAGUAAAAUGGGGAUUUGAUGUUGCAGCCGUUGAACAACAAAUCGCUGAGCAUAGAAGGUUCCAUAAUUCUGUUGGAGACUAUCGUUGGCACUUGGAUAAAGUGAAAACUGAUCUGCGUGAGAAGGCUGCUAUACACCAACUGGAGGAAGAAUAUGAAUAUCUGUUGAGGUUCUCCUUUGAAAGAAUGGAUCAACUGCGCCAGCUGCAGAACAUCAUCCAAGCCACUAGCAGGGAAAUCAUGUGGAUCAAUGACUGUGAGGAGGAAGAGCUUCUCUAUGAUUGGAGUGACAGGAACACUGAUAUUGCAAGGAAACAAGAAGCCUUCUCUAAACGCAUGAGCCAGCUGGAAGUUAAAGAAAAGGAACUCAACAAACUUAAGCAAGAAUGUGACCAGUUGGUGCUCAGCCAGCACCCUGCUUCUGACAAAAUUGAGGCCUAUAUGGAUACACUACAAACUCAGUGGAGUUGGAUUCUUCAGAUCACCAAGUGCAUAGAUGUUCAUCUCAAGGAAAAUGCAGCAUACUUUCAGUUUUUUGAGGAAGCCCAGUCUACUGAGAACUACUUGAAGAACUUACAGGAUGCCAUCAGAAAAAAGUUCAUCUGUGAUAAAAACAUGUCCUUGCAAGUUCUGCUGGAGCAGAUCAAAGAAUUAGAGACUGAGCGAGAGAAAAUUCUGGAAUACAAGAGGCAAGUGCAAAAUUUGGUGAAUAAGUCAAAGAAGAUAGUACAGUUGAAACCCCGUAACCCUGAUUAUAAGACCAAUAAACCCAUAAUUCUCAGGGCUCUGUGUGACUACAAACAAGAUCUGAAAACAAUGCGCAAAGGAGAUGAGUGCAUUUUAAAAGACAACAGUGAACGCAGCAAAUGGCAUGUGACUGGACCAGGAGGGGUGGAUAUGCUAGUGCCAUCUGUUAGUCUCAUUAUCCCACCUCCUAAUCCAUUAACUGUGGAUCUGGCAACCAAAAUUGAACAAUAUUAUGAAGCUAUUAUGGCUCUCUGGAAUCAACUUUACAUCAACAUGAAGAGCCUGGUGUCUUGGCAUUAUUGUAUGAUUGACAUUGAAAAAAUCAAGGCUAUGACUAUUGCCAAGUUGAAGACAAUGCGCGAAGAAGAUUGUAAAAGAAUAAUUAAUGACUUGGAGAUCCAUUAUCAAGAAUUUAUCAGGAGCAGCCAAGGCUCAGAGAUGUUUGGUGAUGAUGAUAAGAGGAGGAUCCAGACUCAGAUCAAGGAUGCUCAAAACCAUUACCAGACAUUGGUCAUCCACCUUCUGGGUCCACCAAGGCAGCAGAACCAGUUUAAAACUUUUUUCCUAUUUUUUUUUAUCCCCUCCCCCAUUUUUCCAAUUAUACAAGUUACAAGUGUAAAUAAGAGCCAGGAAUGGGAAAAGCAAGAGGCCCGGCUGCUCAUGGAACUCCAGAAACUUCGUCGCCAAAUUGAAAACUGUGAGCUUAGGAUGGUACAGAGGACUCCCUUCCAGUUGGAUCAAGGGGCCUCCCAUAAUUUGUCUGUCAGAAUCAGUGAAUUAGAGGGUAUACAGAUUGAAUCCCAGUCAAUGGCAGAGGCUCUAAACAGGCAGAAAGAUCACCUUCCAAAUUUUAGAAGCUCUGAAAAGUAUCUCUAUUUGCAGUCUGAAAUCAGUGCUUUGUUUCAGAAGUUGGAAAAUAUUAAUGGGGUUUCUGCUGGCUAUUUGGGCAGCUUGAAUGCACUGGGAUCACUGCUUCAGGCAAUUCUCCAGACAGAUGAUGUGAUUCGAGUAUUCGAAAUUAGGCUUACAGAAGAGGACACUCUUCCUUUGGACCCAGAUAAAGUAGAAGCCUACCGAGCUUGCCUAAAGAAAAUGAAAGCAGACCUUAGUAUGAAGAAGUCACUGCUUGGUACUUUGGAAGCAGAGCUGCAGAAAGCUCUCCAGAUUCACUCUCAGUCUUCUCAGACAUACCCUCUCUAUGACUUAGAUCUUGGAAAAUUUGCUGAUAGAGUCAGCCAGCUAACAGACCGUUGGCAAAGGGUGGAGAAACAGCUGGAUGACAGAUCUUGGGAUUUAGAAAAACAGGUGAAGCAGCUGAGAACCUAUCGGGAUCUUUACCAGGCUUUGAAUAAAUGGAUCUGUGAUGCCAGGCGCCGACAGGACACUAUUGAAACCAUGAAAUUGGGAGAUGUUAGCACUGUUGUGAGAUACUUGCAGGAGCAAAAGAACUUACACAGUGAAAUUACAGGCAAGCGUGACAGAGUGGAAGAAGUGAUCAAGAAUGCAGAAGUGUGCUCACUUGCGAUCAAGGAUUAUGAACUCCAGGCUGCAGCUUAUAGUUCGGGACUAGAAACUUUACUGAACAUUCCUGUCAAGCGGAGCAUGGUCCAGUCUCCUUCAGGCCUUAUUCUGCAAGAGGCUGCAGAGAUUCAGUCUCGAUAUAUUGAGCUUCUUACAAGAUCAGGAGAUUAUUACAAGUUCUUGAGUGAAAUGUUAAAGAGCUUGGAAGAUAUAAAGAUGAAAAGCACCAGAAUAGAACUACUGGAAGAAGAACUGAGAUUGGCCAAAGAUGCCAAUUCUGAUAGCAGCAGUAAGCACAAGUUCCUGGAGCAAAACCUGCAGAAGUAUCAGCUGGAAUGUUCUCAGCUGAAAGCUAAAUUUAUAAGUUUGGAAGAGAUGAAGAGACAAGUUGAGAUGGAUGGAAGUACAGCCAAGCAAAACCUAGACAAAUGCUAUGCUCAAAUAAAAGAUCUGAAUGAUAGGAUAACAAGGCUGACUUAUGAGAUUGAAGAUGAGAAGAGGAAAAGGAAGCUGUUGGAAGACAGAUAUGAGCAGCAGAAGAAAGAUUUUGAUCAAUUGCAGAAGACAAGGCAGACUGAAAAAGAAAGCCUUGGUUGGCAAAAGAUAGAAUCAGAGAAAAUCAUCAAAGAGAAGGAGUAUGACAUAGAAAGGUUAAGGGUUCUUCUCCAGGACGAGGGGACACGGAAGAGGGAAUAUGAGAAUGAGCUGGCUAAGGUAAGAAACCAGUUUAAUGAGGAGAUGAGUAAUAUAAAGAACAAGUAUGAAGCAGAGAUUAACAUUACGAAGACCACCAUUCAUCAGAUAGCUGCACAAAAAGAAGAUGAUGCCAAGAACCUCCGUACUCAGAUUGAUCGAUUACAGAGAGAGAAUAGAGACCUGAAGGAUGAGAUUGUCAGGCUCAAUGAUGCCAUUUUGGACACUACAGAACAGCGAAGGAGAGCAGAAGAAAAUGUCCUUCAGCAGAAGGCUUGUGGCUCAGAGGUGAUGCAGCAGAAACAACAGAUAGAGUUGGAAUUGAAACAGAUAAUCCAACUGCAUAAUGAAGACAACACAAGGUACAAGCAAGCCCUUGAAGAUGCAGCUUCGACCAUCCAAGAAAAAGCCAAAGAGAUUGAAAGAUUAAAGAUUCAGGUGCAAGAAGAAGCUAAAAGCCGAUGGGAACUUGAAAAUGAGUUGGCUAAGGUAAGGAACAGUUAUGACGAGGAAAUUAUUAGUUUAAAGAACAAGUAUGAAACUGAGAUUAAUAUCACAAAGGUUACAAUAAACCAGGUGACUGUGAAAAAAGAAGAGGAGGCCAGUAAUUACAGAGCCCAGCUGGACAAUGCUGUAAGAGAAAAUAGAAGCUUGUGUGAGGAAAUUAGGAGACUGAAGAACACACUAAGUCAGACAACAGGCAACCUUAGACAAGUAGAAGAAAGUGCUCACCAGCAAAAAGCUAUUGGCUCGGAGAUCUCACAAAAGAAACAGCAGCUUGAAAAAGAGUUAAAGCAGACUGUUCAGAAAUUCACAGAGGAGAUCAUGCAUUACAAACAGUCCCUUGAUGAUGCCGGAAGAACAAUUAAGGAGAAAAAUAAAGAGAUUGAAAAAGACAAAAAAUUGUUAGAUGCAGAAAUAAGCCAAAGAAAAUCAAUGGAGGAAGAAAAUAUUCGCUUGCAAAGGAUCCAGUAUGAUCUGGAGAAGGCUAACAUCAAUGCAACAGAAACCAUCAGCAGAUUGAAAGUUCAAGAGCAGGAGUUGGGACGCCUAAAAAGUGAAUAUGAAAGGCUUGCACAAGACAAGAAGGGGAAAGAUCAAGAGAGUACAAGGCUCCAGAGCACAAUAAAAGAAAUGCAACAUCAGAAGCACAUGCUGGAGGAGGAACUUAACAGGCAGUCUAGAAUUGUAGCAGAGGAAACUUCCAAAAGGAAAAAUGUGGAGGAAGAGUUAGAAGCUAUGAGGAGAACCUUGAGAGACCAAGCUGUUAAAAUCACUAAUCUCACUCAGCAGAUAGAGGAGAUCUCUAUUGUAAAGAAGCGGAGCGAAGGUGACUUGAGGCACCAGAGGGAGGUGCUAGAUAGUCACAUGAGAGACAAACAGCGGUACAUGGAGGAGAUAAGAAAGUACACUUCUGAGGUUGAAACCUUGCGUCGCCAGAUGGUUCAAGAGCAGGAGAAUUUAAAACAGGCACACAUUCGCAACGAGCACUUGCAGAAGGCUAUUGAAGAUAAGAGCAAAAGCCUCAACGAGUGCAGGAUAGAAAUUGAAAGACUUCAGUCUCUUACUGAGAAUCUAACAAAAGAACACCUGAUGCUAGAGGAAGAGUUGCGAAAUUUAAGGUUGGAGUAUGAUGAUCUAAGAAGGGGCAGAAGUGAAGUUGAUGAGGAAAAAAAUGCCACAAUUCUUGAGCUAAAGAAUCAACUACAAACAAGCAACAAGCAUACCCUGGAACUUCAGGGUGUGGUAAAUGGUUUACAGAAAGAAAGGGAAAAUUUGAGACAGGAAGUUGAAAAAUUCCAAAAGCAGGCUCUGGAGACAUCCCAUAGGAUUCAAGAAUCCAAAAACCAGUGUAAUCAUAUCAUGCAAGAACGAGAAACCCUGCUAAUGAAAAUAAAAACCCUGGAGCAAGACAAGGCAAGAUUGCUUCGGUUAGAGGAAGAUCUGAAUCGUACCAAAGGUACGCUGGAAUCAGAGUCUCGCCUGAAAGCACGGCUGGAAAAUGAGAAGCAGCAGAUCCUGAAUGACUUAAAUCAGUGGAAAAGCCAAUAUUCCCGGAAGGAAGAGACCAUCAGGAAAAUUGAAUCUGAGCGAGACAAGAGUGAGAGGGAGAAAAGUUCCUUGUUGGUAGAAAUUGAGAGGCUGCAGGCAGAGAUCAAGAGGAUUGAAGAAAGGUACAGAUGCCGUUUAGAAGAGACCAGCCAGAAGAGCCAGUCCGAGAUGGAGGCAGAGCGGUUGGGAUGGCAAAGGAAAAUUGAGAAAUUGAAGCAGCGUCCAUAUGGGGCACACAGAGGCACCCAGACAGAAGAAGAUUUCAUGAUCGAUCCUUCUAAACUGCUUUUCAGUGGCCUGCGGAAGAAGAUCACAGCAGUACAGCUGUAUGAGUGUCAGCUGAUAGACAAAAGCACCCUAGAUAAGCUGUUGAGAGGACAGAGGUCAGUGGAGGAAGUUGCUGCUGAACUUGAACCUUACCUCAGAGGAGCUGGGGCUAUAGCAGGUGCUUCUCUUAGCCCCAAAGACAAGUAUUCUCUGGUGGAGGCCAAACGUAAACAGCUUCUUACUCCAGAAAAUAUGGUCCUGCUUUUGGAGGCCCAGGCAGCCACUGGAGGGGUAAUUGAUCCGCAUCGGAAUGAAUUACUGAGUGUGGACAGUGCUAUUGCUAGAGACCUGAUUGAUUUUGAUGACAGAGAACAAAUCUACACAGCUGAGAAGGCUGUUGCUGGGUUUAAAGAUCCCUUCUCGGGAAAAACAAUGCCUGUUGCAGAAGCCAUCAAGAAAAAUUUGGUUGACAGAGAGACUGGGAUACGUCUACUUGAAGCCCAGCUGGCUGCAGGAGGAAUUGUUGACCCUAUCAAUAGUGUUUUCUUGCCAAAAGACAUUGCUUUAUCCCGUGGGCUGAUCGAUCGAGAUAUGUACAGAGCUUUGAAUAAUCCAUCAAAGCCCUUAAUUGAUCCUGAUACUAAGAUGGCCAUAAGUUACAUGAAGCUCCGAGAAAAAUGUAGAAUUGAACCACACACAAGUUUACUUCUCCUUCCCAUGAAGAAGAGAAGCACAUCAUUCCAAGGGAUCAGGAAGCUUAUCACUGUUUCUGAAUUAGUUCAGUCUGGCAUAAUUCAGGAGUCAACAGCAAAUGAUCUGGAACGUGGAGUAAUCACUGUUGAAGAAGUCACUGAUCGAAUCAAAGAUUUCCUCCAGGGUUCCAGCUGCAUAGCUGGUAUUUAUAAUGAGGCCACUGGAGAAAAGCUUGGUGUUUACCAGGCCAUGAAAAUAGGCUUGGUUAGACCAGGGACAGCUCUUGAACUUUUGGAAGCUCAGGCAGCUACUGGAUUCAUUGUGGACCCUGUAAGUAAUUCAAGGCUUACUGUGGAAGAAGCUUACAAGAGAGGCCUUGUUGGAAUAGAAUUUAAAGAGAAACUUCUGUCUGCCGAAAAAGCAGUCACUGGGUACAAAGAUCCAGAAACAGGAAAUAUCAUCUCCUUGUUCCAAGCAAUGAACAAAGAACUCAUUGAGAAAGGCCACGGUAUUCGUUUGCUGGAGGCCCAGAUAGCCACUGGUGGGAUUAUUGACCCUAAGGAAAGCCAUCGUUUGCCAGUGCGUGCAGCUUAUCAACGGGGCUACUUUAAUGAAGAACUGAAUGAUAUUCUGUCUGAUCCCACUGAUGAUACCAAGGGAUUUUUUGACCCCAAUACAGAAGAAAAUUUGACCUACUUGCAGUUGAAAGAAAGAUGUAAAAUAGAUGAAGGAACUGGGCUCUGCCUGUUACCACUGAGAGAGAAGAAGAAGGUGGUGCAGACUUCACAGAAAAAUACACUUCGGAAACGCAGGGUUGUCAUUGUAGAUCCUGACACAAACAAAGAAAUGUCAGUCCAGGAGGCUUAUAAUAAAGGCCUCAUAGAUUAUGACACUUACAUGGAGCUUUCAGACCAGGAAUGUGAAUGGGAAGAAAUUACCACCACUGGAUCAGAUGGGAGCACAAGAGUUGUGCUUGUAGAUAGGAAAACAGGCCACCAAUAUGACAUCCAAGAUGCCAUUGAUAAAGGUCUUGUUGACAGAAAAUUUUUUGACCAAUACCGUUCUGGAUCUCUAAGCCUCACACAGUUUGCAGACAUGAUUGCUAGCAGAAAUGGGGGUGAUGAAGUCUUCAAGCAUGAAUCCAUUAUUCGGUCUCCCACUGUAGUGAGUGUGAAGAGUUCUUCCAUCACACUAAAAAGCAGUUCUGGCUCUUUUUCUGAUUCCCCAGAAGAAACCACUCCCAUUGCAGCCAUAUUUGACACAGAAAAUUUGGAAAAAAUCUCAGUUUCAGAAGCUGUACAACGGGGGAUUGUCGAUACCAUCACCGCCCAACGUUUGCUAGAAGCCCAGGCUUGUACUGGAGGCAUCAUAUGCCCUACCACAGGCCAGCGCCUUUCCCUCCAGGAUGCAGUUGCUCAAGGCAUCAUUGACUAUGAGAUGGCCACACGGCUGAAGCCAGCUCAGAAAGCCUUCAUUGGGUUUGAAGGUAUUAAGGGGCGAAAGAGAAUGUCAGCAGCAGAGGCAGUGAAGGAGAAGUGGUUGCCUUAUGAAGCUGGGCAGCGCUUCCUUGAAUUUCAGUUUAUCACAGGAGGCCUCGUUGACCCUGAAGUACAUGGGAGAAUAAGUACAGAAGAAGCUAUUAGGAAAGGAUUGAUUGAUGGCCGGACUUCCCAAAGAUUACAAGACAUCGGCAACUAUGCAAAGAUUUUGACCUGCCCCAAAACAAAGCUGAAGAUCUCCUAUAGAGAGGCAAUGAAUCGCUCAAUGGUCGAAGACCAAACUGGGCUCAGAUUACUUGAAGCAUCUUCUGUUUCAUCCAAAGGCAUAUCCAGCCCGUAUAACGUCUCUUCAGCACCAGGGUCACGUUCGGGCUCACGUUCGGGCUCACGCAGUGGAUCAAGGAGAGGAAGCUUUGAUGCAGGCACGAGUUCUUCCUAUUCUUACUCCUACACAACCGUCAGCAGCAGCAGCAACACUCUUGGGCGCUAGACAUUAAUCUUUUUAUCUCUACGACUGCUUGUUUAGACAAAAGAAAACAGGAAAAAGUCAAACACAUGUAUACACACACAGGCUGGUGGUAAUACUGGUAUAGUAGUUGCUUGGGUGAAAUAGCUAAGCUACAGCAUAGAAGCUUAAACCCAAAUACAAAGCUGCAAAAAUGCUUUCUGGGAGGGGAUGCUAUAGUUCUCCUUUUUAAAAAAAUAAUGGUUGAAUGCUUUGGCACACGAGUGUGGUUUGUAAACUGUAAGAAAGCAACACCUGCCUCUUGGAAAACAGAUGUUGCCUUUUCUAUCUCUAUUGUUAUUUCAUUAUUCAUGCACCUCUGCAGCAUGUUGGGCUACCACCCAUGUUUUUGUGUCAUUUGUCAGGGUUUUUUUUAAAGCCACUUUUCUUCCUUACAGUAGAUGUUUCACUGCAAUAAUGAUGAUAGCCUCCAACUGAUGGUAUACUUGAUUAGAUUGAGCUACUUUCUCAGUCAUUUCGAGUUUAUUCACAGUGGACACUGCUUUUUUGUUUCUGUGGCUUGUUUUCUGUGUAACACCAUAGAGGCCUGACUACAUGAACUUUAUUAUUCUUGCAAUAAAAGUUUAACCAUUUUUAA